ACGUCCUUCCCCAGGGGCUCCCAGCGCAGAGCUCGGGUACCCGAGCUCUGACCUCGGCUCCGGGAGCGGGGUCAGGAUUCCUCCCUGGGGCAGGAUCACACCCCGGGCCGCGCCACCUCCGUGGCCCGGCGCAGGUAACACCUCGGCUCGGCCCCCGCCACACGCUCGGGACCCCUCCGCCUCGUCUCACGAAGAUGAGGCAGCAUCCGUGCCCCCACCCCAGAGUGAAGGGGGUCCCGUGGUGUGUCUGUUCUCGGAGCCCGGAGCUCCCCUGCCAAGUUAGAGAGAGAAGCAGCAACAGGCGAGUGUUUCCGUAGAGAGACUUCCAGUACCAGCCUGCCUCAUCAAGCAUCCUUAGAGAGAAAGAGCUCUUCCUGAGCUCUGUCAUUAGGUAAUGUCAGUAAGGUAAGAAAAAGCAGGUAACGAAAAUUGGACACAAAUACAGAAAGUUAAAUAAGAUUAUCCUUGUAUACUCCACUAAGAACCUACAGUAAUUUAAUUGUGGUGUAAUUUACUUUAUGCAACCAUUCCAUUAUUUCAUUUUUUUCUGUAGAAAAAUGUAAAAUGAAAAUUUUUCAUGUGGCACUUGUCGCUAUGAUGUAAUGGUAAGGAGUCUCCUUGUACUUCUGUUGCACAAACAGAAUGUCAGCAUCAAAUCCAGUGCUCUGCAGAGCUGUGGGCUGUGGAGGUAGCUACAUCACUGCUGUAUUACAAUACCAGAAACAAUAAACACCAGUUCAACUAAAAAGAACACCAGAAUCAUUAUCCACUAGGAGAUUCCUACUUGCAUUUCCUAAAAUUAGGAACACCAUGUAAAAAUUAGGAGUGCCUCUCUAAACUCAGAGCCAACUGAAUGUAAAACUAGCACUGUGUUUUAUAAAAUGCUCAAAGUUGAGAGAACAGUUACUUUAUUUCCCCUUUAAUUUUUUUUUGUCUACUCCUCAAGUCAAUACUUACUUUGAUGUCUUUACUCUGGGUCCCAAAUACUUAAUCAUGGAAGCAUCAUCUACCUGUUGCUUAGAACAGACUGAGUAGUGAUGUCUGAGGACUGAGCUUAAAGUACCAGGGAGGAGUUUUCAGACUGUAGGGUGCUUGUGUCUCUUGGAGCUCAGGUCAUGUUAAUGAACUUGAAGCAUUUAAGCAACUAUCAGUACUCAGUCACUUAUAGAAAUUCAUCCCAUCUUCUUGUCACUAAGGGACAAAGGACACAGCAAGUCCUGGAAGUACUCUGGAGAUCUCCUGGCAUUCAGAAGAGGAUUCUUAGCUAGAGGUUCAUUACUCCUCACUUGCUGUUUUCAAAACUUGUCGAAACCAGGUGAAGCAAAGAAGCCCAGAAAGUGUCAUGGCCAAAGUGAAUGUGUGCUAAGCUAAAUUCUGAUCUUCCUUCAGCAUUAAAUUGACUUCGGUACUACUCCUCCUGGCUGACACUGCAGGCUGGCACUACAGCCGUGCUCACCAGGCAGAGGGUUGCUAUCACAGUGCCCGCCCUGCGGAGCAGCCAGAUGCCAGCGUAGUACAAUCAGAAGUGAAUCGCGACAAUCGGAAUCAAUAGGAAACAGUGUGUGAAUCACUGCUUAAUGCACUCCAGGGUGAGUCAUUCCGAUUCAAACCAGCUUUCAGACCAGUACGAUGUCAGUCAGCUCCUCACACAGCUCGAUGUGAGUCAGAUCUCAGCACCGAGUACAAUGUGAAAUGAGUCACUGACUAAUACAGCGCCAUGUGCCUCCAGUACCCGGUGCGAGUUGUCAGAGCUUCUGUGUGAUGUGAGUCACUUCAUAGUACAGUAAAACAGGCUUUUUGGAGGCCAUUCAUAAUUAAGCACAAUGCAACCGAGCACUCAGGAGGAGAUAAUGGGAGUGAACAGAGUAAACUGCUGUAGGCAUCAGAUUCAUUGCAUAGUAGAGAGGUUUGUAAAAUGUUAGGAGGAAUGAUUUUUUAAAUGUUAUUGUUUCUUAAAACAGACUGCAUAAAAAUAACUAGGAGCAGGUACUUUCUCUGACAUCAGAGCCAGCAAAAGCAGGGUUGAAGCAGUGGUAAAAAUCCCAGCACUGGAGAAGUCUGUGGGGUUUUUUGUUCUAACUAAGAGUGUUGAUCAGUCAGUGUGACUGACAUGCAUCCACUGAGGCUGACCCCAGCUGCCACGGAAGACAAGGCAAGGGAUGCUGACAGCUUGUGCUGUGCAGAGGAAAAUAUUCUGACACUGAUUUAACUUAAUUGCAGUUUGCAGUGACCUAGUUUGUGAAGGACUCAGCAUAGGAUGAAGUUAUAUCCACACUUACAUUCAUACUGCCCCACUGUCAUAUCAUCCACUUAAUCAGCUGGACAGAAACCACAGAUUGCUUUUGUUGCUUUUUCUAUGCAACUGGUAAAGAAUUCUUUCAUGCCUUUCCCUUAUUACAAGAGAAAUAAUGACAGUCACCCUGCUUAUUACAUGUUAGAGUAACAUUUUCAAUGAAGUCUCUUGUGAUAAAAUCCAAACUAAAGAAAUUCUCUAUCCAGAGCAGAUAUAGGGCAUCUCUCUAAAAAGCAAACAAACAAAGACAAACAAACAAAACCCACACAAAAAUCCCAUUGAAGCCCCAGGUAACUAGGUUUCUAACAGGAAAGUCAAAUUUUACUCAGAGAAAGACUUUAGUGCAGGAAGUUUUUGCAGAGAGUGGCCUUGUGGUGGCCAACUGGGCAGAACUGAAUACCAAAGAAGGAGGAGCAGAAGACAUCCAAGGCAUUGGUAGAAAAAUACCUGUGACAGGUGAUAUGAUCAAGGCAUAAUUAUCCUCUUACUAGGUGGGUGUGAUACCCUCUUAGCCAUUCCUUUUGGAAUGUAAAGCAAUGCUUUAAGCUGGAUAGAUGAAUUUGGCUCCUCUGAGCUGCUGCUCCUCUGGAAAAAUAAAUUAAGUAAAACAAGCAAAGGUACUCAGUUUCUGGACAUUCAACAUGAAAGUGUCCCAGAGCUGUUAGUUACAGGAUAACACUUCCACUUGCAACUUUAUCCACUGAGCAUUUAACAGGCUUGGGCACAGCAGUGACAUAAAAAGCUGGUUUAUUCCAUGUGCUGCCACUCUCUGUCUUGCAGUCACAAACUCUCAACCAUUUCAGCCACCCCACUACAAUAUGCCAAAUCUCCAAUAAUACAAGAUAACUUUCGAGGAGCUCUUACUCUUAACCCACUGAGUGGGCAAUCUGACAACUAUGCCUAAAGCAUGUGCAUAUGUGUGGGCGAGUUCAUUAACAUAUAUUAGAAUGCUUUUCUGUCUAAAAUAGCACACUGCUUGAUGCAGAAAGCCUGCCUGUCACAUUUGUCAAUGAAAAGGAAGAAGCACGAGCAUCAAGUUUCCUGUUCAUAUUUCAGCUGACAGUGAACUGCCACAAGCUUCAGUGGGAGUUUGUUGCAGCCCCAAAUAUAUCUGAAUUGUUAAAAAAUAGAUUUAGAGAUUUAUUUGGAACUUGACCCCAGUUGCAAGCCUCUUAUGACAUUAGUAGAUAAGAACAGAAUCUCUUCCAACCUACUGGUUAUCAUUACUGGGAGGAUUCAAAGUCAAAGCAGAAACUGUGAGAGCUACAUAACCUCACCUAAAGCUUGCAGAAACCAAGAGGUGGCUUUCAUUGCUUUACCAGGCCUGAGUAUUUACUGAAAAGUAACUGGACUAUAUGAUCCAUAUCUGUGCCCUCACUCCAGUGGCUGUCAGCUAGUGUUCCAGCACAGGGCUUCCCAGGCUGUGGAGUUACUGGGAAAGCAACAUGCUGUGGCCAUGCAAAUCAGCCCUGAGAACAAGCUAAAGGCUUGCACACCUGCCUGACUGUAAUGUGCUGGUUUAUUCCAUGUGCUGCCACAACCAAGAAGAAAAUCUUAUGUCUCAGUAAUUAAGUUUAAGUAAUAGAAUCUUUGCACUCUGAGCUGAAAAGGUGUCAUUGUGUUUUAGCAUAAAGUGGGGAUAAAAGUAUAAAGUUUUGUCUACGACCUGCAUAUUCUUGGGUUUAGGGCUUGUUGUUUUUUUUUUUUGUUUUUUUUUUUUAUUUGGUUGAGGUUUUAUUUGGGUUUUUAAAUUGACAUUUGUGGCUUAGAUUUUAAAUAUUCUUCCUUUGGGAAUGCUAUUUUCUUGGUAGCCCACCUUUAUGCUAAGAAAUUAGCAAAUACUAUAAAUGUUACAACUAAACCAAAUAUCACCUGAGGUGUUUUUAACCAGGGAAAUAAUUUUCACUCCUGACCUUUACACUCCUUUGUGUUUAUAAGGUCACAUGGAGAAAUGCUUCAUAAUCUGAAUGUCAGAUAAGUAUGCUUUGGAGCGGAAAAGUUAUGACAAACAUUCUUAUCUCACCACUUCAGCAUUACUCUUAAGGCAUACAGUGGUUUUGCCACUAUUGUCAAAAGUAACAUCUCUGAUGCUUGCCUAAAUCCUUGGACUAUUUUUUUAAAUUACUUAUUAGCAGUCAGUAAUAUCAGCCCAUACUUUUUUUAUAUGAUUCAUAGAUAUUAUCUAGCAGGAUAAGAAGCAAGAACAUGUGCCAUUAAUUUUCCUCAAUUUUUGUUUCAUUGCUCUUUAGGGACAAUUUUAUAAUGGACUAAAUUUGUUGUUAUUGUUACCUAGAGAUGGACAUCUCUUUCCUUGAGAGAUCCAGAAACUCUGCACCUAGGCAUCUGCAGAGAUGCUGCAUUAGAUUGACUUGAAACAAUGAACCAACUGGAGACAAUCUGAUCACCUCAACACCUACUCCCCAUUCUCAUUUAAGUUUUUGAGUACUUGGCACUCUCCAGGUGGAAUUUGGGUGGUUCUGUGGAUUCCUCCAGGCAGGACCCUCUGCCUGGAGAAGUUUCUUUAUGUUCCAAUGUGCUCAUUAAUAUCCAGGUGGAGGAUAUUCAGAAACUCCAAAGCUACAAAAUCAACCCAGUUCUGCACAGACUGCAGGUAGUCAGAGACUUGUAAGUGGCCAGUCACUUGUCCAUAGCAAGAAGAAACUUCCUGCAGAUGCAAAAAAUUAUCAUGCAGGAUAUAUUCAUAUACACUAUUUAGGGAGGUAGAAGAUAUUUUGUACCUCCAGACAAUCACCAGAAAUUGAUUAUGUGUGUGCUGGAGCAGUCACAAGGCACAUGACAGCUACAUGUAGGAUCUGAGGAGUAAUGCAGGUUCCAGAGCCUCAUGAGAUCCAGCCAACACCACACUAUAAGGACCUGUGCAACAGAACCCCCUCUUGCCAUCUAGACACUGACUGUCCCAUUCAAGGAUUUGAUUCCUCACAGUGACUCAAUAUUAGCAAAAUUAGACCCUACUGACUAUUUGUGUUAUACUCAGAAAUUGGCUGAAACCAUAUCCAGUUUUAGUAUAAACAGAGCAUGAGAAGGCAGGGGUUGAAGUCCUUUGGUUAAAGGUGUCUUACAUCAUUCCAUCAGUAGCCUAAACGCAUUUUUGGGUUCCUCAGAAAACAUGUACAGGAUAGCUGUCCAUCUCCAGUUUUCUAAUUCUCCGUGUUUUCUUCUCUAAUCCAUUUUCAAACAAGGCACAUUGCUACUCCAGAUGGUGGGGACAGAGAAGGCAGACUCCCGUUCUCAAAGUGCAGAGAACAUCCAGUACAGGAGGUUCUCAUACGAUUUUUUCAUUCCCAUAGCACCUUCAGAGAGGUCUGGAAAUCUGCUGUCCCGAAGUAACAACUGUAAAAUUACAUGAAUAGAAGACCUAUGAGGUCUAAAAACAUCUCCUUUUUGCCCUGAAGGAACCUGAAGUCUACUGAAGGCAAAAUAAUAACCACCUAAAUUCCCAUAGAUCCAUGAAUCAAUCAAGCAAUUGCCUAAAUUGUUGCUAAUGAGGCUGUAUUCUAAAAGAGCAAGGAAUUUCGUUAAUUCCUACAAAUAAUAUUCACUGGUUUAAUUGAUAAAUCUACUACCCAUUCCUGCACACAUGGGUAGCACAGCUCAAACCAGCAACUGCCUGGCAAGGCGCAUUACACAGCUCUGGUGGUUGCAGCAAGAAGCAGCAAAGUGUGAUGGAAAGCUUCCAUGUCCUACAGUGAAAUUCUGGAUAUAUUAGAAGCAGCAGAAAGAUACCUACAUACAUAAAUAAGCUCUUCUGAAGUUAGGUAAACAGUACUGAGAUAGAUCACUCAUUGCUUGUUCUGUGUACCUGACCAGCCUGACAUGGUUUUGUCCUAUGUGACUUAACACUAUGUGCACCAAAGGAAUUUCUACAACUCUGUAAUAACCUGCACCACUGCUCAGCUCUCUACCUUGCCAUCCCAUAACAUGGGCCCUGGAUCAUAUUUAGCCCAGAGGAAUUCAUUAUUAAUAUGAAUUAGACAUAUGAAUCUGUGAACAUAAAUUAUCUCAGAGUGGAUGUAUUAGGCUAUAUAAACAGCACAUGUCUGAAUCCAAGUCACAUUUUUCUAAUCCAUAAUAAUAGUUUACUGUCCAAAGCAGCCUGAAAUAUUGUUAGAUAUAUGAUCCUUCCAAAAAUGUUUCAUAUGCUAUCACUCUCUAAUUGAAAUGUGAAAAUGCUCCAUUUAAAAAAGUAUAGGUAUCUGGAAGGAAAUUAGUACUUAUUCAUUCCAUUCAUGUGAAUCUGAAGCUGACAGGAAGAAAUAGGAAUCUACAAAUGCAUUCUACAUUUCAGUUAUCCUUUCACAUUUUGAAAAAAGAAAGGUUGGGGAGGGGCAGUUGGAAGCUGUUAUUUUUUCUCAUUUUCUAUUUCUGGUCAUUUAGGCAUUGCUUGUCAGAUUGGGCCUUCAGAAUUUUAAAAUGAGUUGUAAUUUCUAUCUAUAUUGUUGUUCUUGUAUUUUAUUCCUCCUGCUACACAGGUGCAUCUUAUACUACCGUGUCAUGCAUUCGUCUCUUGGGAGAGUGGGUGGUUCUCACAAAUACAAAACCUAUUAAGCUCUACAAGACAAAAAUAAAUUCAACAUUGGAAAAAAACCACUGUAGCCAAAGUGCAGCAAAAUGUAAUGCUGCACUCUGCUAAAACAACAUUCUUUCUUUUCCUGACACUUCUGUUGAGUCCAUGACACCAUCUGUACAUUCCCCCUCAAGUUAAAACAAUAGCAUUUCUUAAACCUGGAUGAACACUUUAGAAAGGAAAGCAACUUUUGACCCCCAAGUAUUUAUCUCAUUAGAUUCAAGUCUGAUAUUAUAGAUUAAAAAAACCCUCAAAAUUGGUAGCAGAUAAUUUUAAUUCCCCUACAAUUGUCAUGGCCUCAAAAGAAGAUUUAGCAACCUGAAACAAGCCUACACAAAGGGAUCUCGUGACACAGGAGGAUGAUUAGCUAUGUAUCCAAAAAUCAAAUACAAAUAAAAUGAAGAAAGAUAUACUCAUCUUUGUACAAGCUACCAUUUCAUCUCUCAAAGACAUCUGUCACUUACAUAUGGCACAACUUUCAGCAUAACAGAGAGAGCACUAUUAAGUGCUGUAGAGCAAAUGUGAAGCUCACAGAUAGGUCAGAAAUGAACAGGGACUUCAAGGGGACUUGUCAUUUCAUCAACACCACUUAUCUGCACACUCUGCAAAAUGUGGUCUCCAAAAAGGCUUUGUACAACUGUGCAACUCUGCAAAAAAACCAACCAGUGCAUCCACCAAAAAUUGUUUCAUGCUGUCUUCAGUUGGGGGGGCUCAAUGAAAACCAUGUAAUUGUUAUCUAGUUUUGUGUUUCCUCCUCGCCUUCACAGAAGCACAGAGAAAACAGUUUUUAAAGACUGUGGCAGUCAGACCUUCAAUGGAGAAAUGAGCAUUGGCCCUUCCCCCAUUGCUACAAAGGGAACCAGCAGGUUUGAGACAUCCUCAAUAUUCACCAAAGGCCAGAUUUUCAGGAGAGCUCAGUGUCUCACUCAAGCAUCCUGAAGCCUGUGCAUUGGCUAAUCAAGUGAAAGAAAGGAAAAAAAAAGAAAAAAAAUAGGCCCUAAAUACUUAUAUUCUGUACCAUUUUCCUUAGGAUGGCCUUGAAGUCAAAACCUCAGGAAACCCUUUUCAACUCCUAGGCUGAUACACCUCUGUGCCAAGAGCUCUGGCUCUCCAAGACCCCUCACUUAUACCUUUUGUUCUCUGCCUCACCACUCCCUUGUCAUUGUAUUCCCAUGCACGUGAAGAAUUCAUUAGCCCUUUGCCUUCCAUCCCAGCACUUAUAUGAGUGUCUUCCAUAGGAUUCAACUCCUUAGAACUUCCAUGGGGGAAAAUCAACGAUUUAAGCUUUUCAGUUCCCUUGAGGCUGUGGCCUUCUGGGUAAGACUUUUAAAGCAAAUAAAAAAGGAAAAAAGAGAGAUGUUUCUUACUUCCCCCCUCCUUUGUUGCUUGCAGCCCAUGGGAUCGGAGAGGACGGAGAUACGCAAACGGCAGAUGGCUACGACCCCAGAGACCCCAGGUGCUGCACAGGCUCAGCUCAGCACAGGAAAUCGAGGGUCCAAUGCCUGCUGCUUUUGUUGGUGCUGUUGCUGCAGCUGCUCAUGUCUUACUGUUAGAAAUCAAGAAGAAGAGAGAGCAAGGAGAACAUCUCAUGAACUCCAAGCAGAGGGUAUUCCAAACUGUGAGGAAAGCCCUGCUCCCACUCUCGAAGAAGUAAAUGCCUGGGCUCAAUCAUUUGACAAGUUGAUGCUUACUCCAGCUGGCAGAAAUGCUUUUCGUGAAUUUCUGCGAACAGAAUUCAGCGAGGAAAACAUGCUUUUCUGGAUGGCCUGUGAGGAACUAAAACAAGAAUCCAACAAAAGCAUCAUUGAAGAAAAAGCAAGACUAAUUUAUGAAGAUUAUAUUUCUAUCCUUUCUCCAAAAGAGGUCAGUCUGGACUCCAGAGUACGAGAAGUUAUUAACCGAAAUAUGCUGGAACCCUCACAACACACCUUUGAUGAUGCACAGCUUCAAAUUUAUACCUUAAUGCACAGAGACUCUUACCCACGGUUUAUGAACUCUGCUAUUUAUAAGGACUUGCUUCAGUCCUUGUCUGAAAAAUCCAUUGAAGCGUAGAAUUUUUUCUUAAAUGUAUUUGUUUUAAAACAGACAGGACUCUGGGCUACAAAAAUCCACAGGGAAAUUAGAAUUAAUCAGAUAUUUACCUGAAAAUAACUCAGGCAAGUUUUACUACAGACUGGAUAAUUUAAAUCCUCACAAAGCUCUGCCACAAUCAGCUAAGUACAGUUUCUGAUUAAAUUCAGUAUUACUUUCCAAAAGGAAAUGAAGAGAAUGAAGAAGAAACGUUGUUCAAUAAAUGCACUAUUUUUUCAAACACAGCAGACAAUUCAGACACAAAGUUAUCCCAACUUAUGUCUGAGGUACAAAUACUAACUAAGCACGAAACUAAAACUGAUUUUUAAGUGGAGUGUUAGAAUUUUCUUGAAAACCAAACCAGUUGCCCCAUCCACACUGUGACCAAAGUAAAAAUAUUACUGUCAAUACUGUGUUACUUUAGACAGUGCCAUCAUAGCUGGCAUAGGUACACUCCACUUGUUUUGGUGUAUUUAAUGCAUACACAGUGCACUAAUGGAAAUUGGCAUGGUAAUCUCAAGUUUAUGAAAGUUACUGGUUGAAAUAAUUUGAUUAUUAAAAAAAAAUCUUUUGCUGAAGAAUUGUUAUUUUAGUAUUAGAAUCUGCUGAAAGCAUUACGUUCCCUUUAAUGUUCAUAAAGUUAAAUAAUAUAUUUCAGAGGAAGAAAAGUCUGGGCAUUGAAAUUCCAAAAUAAAGCACAAGAAUUCUCACAUUUUUUCUCUUCCCUCAGUAGGUGUUUGUAAAACCCUUCACUAUUUGCUCCCAAGAGGAUGACAGUUUCAACCAGCUUGGGUUUGUAAAUACAAAAUUCUCCCAUUCCCUGACAGAUCUUGUAAGGUUUCCAUUACAGAUAUACACACAAUUUACUUAAUAAAAACAGGAAGAUGGAACUUGUGUUCUGAUGCUAUUUCAGACUGUCCAACAGCACCAGCUCUCUCCAGUUAUAAACCAUGUUCAUUUACAGUAAUCAUGGGAAAUACUAGGAAAACAUUAAGUGGAAUCAACAUAAACUAUCUGUAGAUCUGUUACUCUAAUGUCUUCUUUCUUUUAAAUUACAAGAUUCACUACAAUUCCACUACAUUAAACUCUGGAGUUUAUAGUGGAUUUCCACUGAAUUGUAUUUUUUUCCUGGGUAUUUAUUUAAAUGAGCCAAAUGACACAUAUAGGUUGGAAAAAGACAUAUGAGAAAGACACAAAAAAUACGCCUGGAAAGGAGAACCAGACAUACAUAGUUCAGUGAGUGUACUGUAGCCUUUCCAAAACCUACUCUUUGCCUAAUUCAAGCAGUAUGGAAAAUACAGAAUGGGAACUUUCUCUAAAAAAAAAAAUGAAAUGGGAAGAACAAAACAGAAUUUAAGGAUCAAUUUAAUUGUUUCCUCAGUGCACUUGGCAGUAGAUGUUAUGCCCUUACUGCAUUUGCAUUUUGAAGCACAUAAUGAUUUGAUUUUUCCAGUACAUAGCAUCAGAGAAGAGCUGGUACAUGGUAAUUCAUCAAUGCUAUGGGCUGCUUCAAGCCAGGCUGGAUGGGGCACUGAGCAACCUGGCCUAAUGGAAUGUGUUCCUGCCAGUGGGACUGCGACUAGAUUAAGGUACCUUCCAACCCAAAUAAUUUAUGAUUCUAUGACCAGUCUUCAUCUCCUUCCAACAACAAAACGCUCUUCAACAUGUCAGCACAAAAAAGUAAACAAAAAAAAAGAGAGAGCAAAGCAAAGUGCUUUUGCCUGCUGUAGCACAGUGCUAGUGACUAAGUUAAGAGGAAACUCUUCCAUAUGCCACUAAAGACACAGUUCAGUUGGUGUUUGCCACUGCUUACCCUAUCAAUGCUUCUGACCUCAGCUGAAUUUCUAUUUAACACACCCAAAGCACUACCAAUACAAUUUCAGUUUAUGUGAAAUAUUACAAUGUAUGUAGUAACUUCAACAAAACAAACUAGGUAUCUUCAAAAGACAGCACUCAUUGCAGUCAAACAGACGAUACUGUAUUUGUUUUAAUCAGAGUGGGUGGGAGUGCUCUAAACCUCUAAGUUAACAAAGUUUACCUAGGUCAAUUCAGCUUUUUGGAAAGAUCAUAUGCACACAUCAAAACAAAACUUCAAAGCAUGUCACCUCACAAAAUGGAGGAUUUAAUUUCUUUUAAGUUAUCUCUCUUCCCUUCAAAGAUACUUCAUUAAAAACUGAAAGACAGACUGAACGCUCAUAGUCCAUAUCAAACAAUAUAUUCUGUUAUUCUAUAUACUAUUAUUAUUAAGAAAAAGAAAGAAAAAAGAUGCAGUGAAGUCAGAGGGUAGAGAAAACUAAAUUGGUUUGGGCAGUCUUAUGGUUAACAUUAAAUUAUUAAAAAAAGAAAGUAAUAAUUUCUAAGCGUAUUUUCUAUGUGCCACAACUUCUAAGCAAUUAAGAUUCUCUAGGCAAUUUUCAUAUUACUUCUGCAUUACAAUAUGUUGAUAUUUGCAAUGUGCAUUCUUUCCUGAAAUAUCUUACCAAAUCUUAAUGCUGUGCUUUAGGUUUAAGCUUAUACCCACCACCAGUGGCGGGAUGCUAAUCCCUAGAUAUCCUGAGAAUAUCUCCUAAAAACCCAAACAACCCACUCCUUUAAAUAUCUUGUUAUUUUGAAAUUGGUUAAUGCUGGAUUUAAUUGAUGGCAUGGAGGUAAGGAGGCGGGGAGGGGGAAGGUGAAAACAAAAACCCACCCACAGACAACAAAUUUUUAAUUACAUUUCAUUGCUAUAUACCUGCUCAUGGUGCAUAAACUUCUCAGGGCAAAAGAAAAGUUCACUGAAAUGGAAAAGUUUCCAUAGACAAGCUGUUACAUGAACAGCAAGAGAAAAUCAUAUUGACAUAAGACAUUAUUUAAUCAUGUAAGAAAUUAUCACAAAAUCAAUUUAUCCUAGGUUGAAAAUGAGCACGGUUGGUUUGCCUUGGCAUUUAUCGAACUGCAGGAUAUCAUUAAGCUGUAACAACUUUCCAGUCCACUGGCAUUCUUCCUUCAAUGUCUGCACUUCAUAAAGCAGUAACUCCCACAGAACAUGCAUACUGUUAAAGACUGCUCUUUUCACCAGCCUGCUAAACACUAUUAAAAUUGCAUGGGCUCCUUCAGCCAACAUAUUGUGCUGUACGUUGACCUUUAAAUUCCACAGUCAUUAGCACCGUACAAAUGGAGAAAAAAAAUAUAUAAAUUCUGAAGGGCUCUACCUUAUAAACUUAGAUUAAAAUUCAUCAUACAAAAUUAUGUACUUAUGCAGUUUCUGAUUACAAAGGAUAUCAGAAAAAAAGAUAAAGUGAUGAGAAUGGCUAUCAUAUCACAGCAUUAAGUAAUUUGUAAACAACUUUGCUGUAAGCAGUUCUUAACAACAUGUGUCUUCUGCCAUAAGAUAUGAGUUAUGUUUCAAUGACAUUAUGAACAAUUUUUAUACUAAUGUUGUAAUUAAAUUAAUCCCAAACUUUUUGAAAUGGUAAAAGAAUUCAAGAGUAGUGAUGAUCUAGUGAAACAGAAGCUAAUGUACAGCUGUAUAAAACUGUGCUUGAAGUAAAACUCCUCAGGUUUGUUUAUAUGAAUGACUAAUAUUCCAAGAUCCAUUUCCAGAGGCAUUUGUUUGAAAGAUAAUACAACCACAUUUUACAGAGUGAAGACUUCAUGUUGAUGAAUUAAGUCCUGUCUAGGCUGGUAAGAAUUGUGAGUUUUAAUUUAAAAUUAAUUUAUGUAAUCACAAGUGGAAUCCUGAACUCUGGAUAAAAACCAGCCUCUUCCCUGGAUUCACAAAAGCCAAGAUCACUGGGCAGAUAUUUCCCUUCUGCUUAGUGAUAGUAAAAAAGAACCAUUCAGUACAAGAUACUUUAAAACUCAUACUUUCUCCUGAAUGAGCAAUUACAAUAUGAGCAAAUGUAUUAUAUAUGAGAAAAUGUCUUCUAAUGAAGGAUCCAGAAGUUGUGUUUUCUGAGCAGGAGGAUCCUCUAGCCUUGCUUACAGAAGACUGGAUCCUUAAAAAACACACACACACCUUUAAAAGGAAUGUGGCCUCCUCUAUCUCUCUAUUAGAAUUUUGUACAAGCUACCUUAAAUUGUAGGACAACUCUGUUCCAUCUGAGUGUCCAUAAAGGUAGUAACCAAACCUGCUAUUCUUAGAUGGGAGAGAUUCAUCACCAGUUCUGCUGGCACAUUUCAGUGCAUGAAAUACCCCAGUGUUCUGGGUCAGUCAUUGCACAACUGCAGCCCAGUAGACAAGUCAGCCAGCUGGAGAAAUGAGACAGUCCCAGCCCCACCUUUGAUACAGGAGGGCAACUUCAGACAGCUGGGAAAACUGCAGCAACUUUUGAACAGAGGUCCAUCCAAAGAUCAGUACUGGAAAGUUUUAUUUUUUGAUUUGGGUAACCAAAAUAAAGCAUGAAUAGAACUGA